AUGGCCAAGGACGGCCAAAAUGACGAGCUCCGCCACGCCGGCAUCAUCGACAUGCAGUUCAAGAGGGUGUCGUGCCAGUACCCGGGGUUGUUGGUGACGUUCCACGUGGAGCAGGGGUCGAACCCGAACUACCUAGCGUUCCUCGUGGAGUACGAGAACGGUGACGGCGAUGUGGCUCAGGUGGACCUCAUGGAGUCGCGAUCGGAGAAUGGUGAGCCGACGGGGGUCUGGAGGCCCAUGAAGGAGUCGUGGGGCUCCAUCUGGCGGCUCGACACGCAUCGCCCACUGCAGGGGCCCUUUUCGCUGCAAGUCACAAACGAGUCCGACAAGUCGCUCGUCGUCGAGCAAGUCAUCCCCGCCAACUAGCAGCCCGAC